AUGGACAAGUCCCUCGACGAGAUUAUUGCCUCCAAGCCCAAGGCAGGGCGCCGUGGAUCCAGCCGUCGCUCUUCAGCUCGUGAGCAAGUCCUCGGAAAGCCUGUCACAACCCCUGUGCAACGUGCCCGUGCUGCUGCCAACCCCGCCGCUGAUAGCAAGGCUGUUGUCACCCAAGCAUCGGAGAAAAUCAUCGUUUCGAACUUGCCGAGCGACGUGAAUGAAGCUCAGAUUAAGGAUCUGUUCAACCAAACUGUUGGAGCGUUGCGUGAUAUCACCCUUCAUUACGACGCCUCUGGACGCUCAAAGGGAAUUGCCACCGUCACCUUCCAGAAGAAAGGUGACGGGGCCAAGGCUUUCCAGCAAUACAAUAACCGACUCAUCGAUGGCAAACGCCCGAUGAAGAUCGAACUCGUCCUCGACCCAUCUCGCCCUCCUCCCCUGACUUCCCGUGUUGCACCUGCCCCCGCCGCCAAUGGUAGGACUGCAGGACCUAGACCCGCCGCAACUCGUGGUCGCCGACACGUCAGAGGUCGAGGCGGCGCCCGCAAGAACGACAGGCCUCCCAAGACGGCCGCCGAUCUUGACGCUGAGAUGGAGGAUUACACUGCUGCCAAUGCACCUGCUGCUGCUGCAGCCUAA